CACACCACCGCUAACCACCGGCAACAACCACCCUUCUUAUACCGACAAUCACACCUACUCAUCACAAAUUUUACACCCUCUUUUUUGCUUCAAAACACACACUUACUAACCAUGCAAGGAGGAACAGAAACAACCAUACGCGUUGAACUUGACGCCACCGCCGGUGGUGGUGGUGGUGGAGAAGAUUUCUUGAAGAUCAAAGAAGAACCCAUGUUAGUUUUGGAUAGCGACGAUUUCGUGAACACCGGUGGUGGCGGUUUAACGGAAGAUCAAGUGGUGCUGAAGAUCAAAGAAGAACCCAUGUUAGUUUAUGAUCAAGAUGACUUUAUUAGUGGGGGCGGUGGUGGUUGUUUGUCGGGUUCUUCUCCGGUAUGGGUGCCGAAGCCGAUAGAAGGGCUGAGAGACGGCGGACCUCCGCCGUUUCUGAAGAAAACAUUCGAAAUGGUGGAUGACCCACGAACCGAUUCCAUCAUAUCUUGGAGUGAUUCUAAGAAAAGCUUCAUUCUGUGGGAUCCUCACAAGUUUUCUACUGAUCUUUUGCCACAACGAUUCAAGCAUAAUAAUUUCUCGAGCUUUGUUCGUCAACUCAACACUUAUAGGUUCAAGAAAAUCGAUCCGGAUAGAUGGGAGUUCGCCAACGAGCUGUUCCAGAAGGGAAAGAAGCAUUUGCUGAGAGACAUCAAGCGGAGGACAAACCAGACGCAAAUAACACAAAAACAGUUGGAACUCGAACCACCACCGCCAUCUGUUCAUCAAACGAACUCCUCCAUCGAAUCAGAACUCAAAAGCUUGCGAAAAGAUCGAGCUGCACUUAGACAGGAGAUCUUAAAGAUGAAACAGCAACAAGAGAACACAGAGAAGCAUCUGGAGAUCGUUCAAGAACGCAUGCGACGAACGGAGUUCAAGCAACAACGGCUGCUAGUUUUCAUGUCGAAAGCGUUUAGGAAUCCGGUUUUCGUCCAGCUUCUCCAGCAUCUAAUGCAGAAACAAGAAGUGGGUAGUGUUGAAACGUGCAGAAAGCGUCGAAAGCUUGAGCAAAUGAUAAACACAGCCGACGGUUACGAACUGAAUCAAGUUCAGGAAGUAUGGGACAUGAUCGAAUCCGACGGGUACACUGUAUUCUCUUCCGAUGAAUCCGUGAGCCCGCUUCAAGAUCAAAAGAAGGGCGAGAAAUCUGGACUGAAUAAUCAAGAUUACAGUUCCGAAAACUUCAUACUGUGGGAGAAACUGAUGGAGGAUGAACUGAUAUUUGGGGAUGAAUCAGGAAAGAUCAACCAAUCUGAAACUUAUCUCCAAGAAUGGGAAGAACUGAUCCCAAAAGUCUGAGUGAGCUUCUGAUUCUUUCGUCAGACGAUCUUUUCGAUCGAUACUAUACUGAUGAUCAAUCUUACGGUUCUGCAUUCGAGCUGCAGCGUGAUGUCGAUAAGUUUCUGCAUUCGAGUUCGGCUCGGGGUUGCAGGUUGCAGGGAAGCAAUGAUCAUGGGAGAAGAUGAAGAAACAAAGGAGUAUAGAUGUUUAGGUUUGGGUUUUAGUUGGUGUAGUAAUAAUUAAUAAGGUGGUAAUUUCUAAAGAAUUUAGGGUAUGGUUUGUGUGUAAUUAGAGGUGGUUUAGUUUCAUGUAUAGGUUAAAUGCUCAUAUGAAGCUUUUUUCUUGAUACAU